CAACAACCAUAGACAGAGAAUCCCAAGCAGCCGAAGAUGAAACUAAUCAUUACCGCAGCCGUCGUGUUGGUCAUUGCAGUCGUGACCCAGGCCAAAGGAGGAAAAGUGAGUUUGAUCUUAAACCUGCUAUUUUAAAUGUGCAUCUUUGUAGAAUUGCAUAGUUCUACCAAAGUAUUAGAGUCUAGUUCAACUUAAUGUCAUUGUAUACUGUUGUCUGCAAGUCAUUGUAUACAUUUGUCUGCUAGUCAUUGUAUACUUUUGUCUGCUAGUCCUUUUACACACAACUGUUUAAAUUAUGUCUUAUAUAUUCUAUAUAUAGUUCUGAAUCAUAUUCUUCCAUAGAUUACAAUUUCUCAUUAAAAUGUAUAGCUGUAAUAGUUUCUGAUUGUUUUGAAAUGCUGUCUGGGUCGAAGUGCUAAAAGUGUGUCCAUAGACACAUAUCUGUCAUACAGUAUGGGCCAAAAGGAACAGUUCCUGCAUUUUAGUGGAAAGGGAAAUCUGGUCGACCAUAUGAACUGCCUUGCUGCCGGAGCUACACCUUGGUGUUUUUCCUAAUUAGAGCUACCGGUAUACAAAUGAACAAGAUCAUCAAGAUCACGAUCUUUAGCUACAGCUGGGUCGCUCAUGGACGUUUGAUGCAAUUUUUUAUUGGUGCACCAAAAUGUCUUUCCUGUGCACGGUGCAUGAGAUAGCCUUGCUCAGUGCAUUGUGUUGAGUGUUAAUUUACUUGACGUCUGGACGUUGUUAAAUGUAUCAUUAUUGAAGAAUCAUUCCUAGGCCAGGGUGGACUCAUUUUGACCAAAUAGUCAUAGUUGUGGUGAGUGAUUCAAUAAAAUUCACCACAAGCUUUAUAUAAAUCAUAAAACACUAAUAUUAAAUCAAGUAAGAGCAAAUACCACCGAAGGCGACGCCUCUGCUAGUUUUUAAUAUAAUCUUGUGAUGGCAUCAGAAGCCUUCGUUUAAGAGCACAUCGUUCUGCGAAAAUAAAAUAGAGCGUCGUCACAAAUAUCUUUACCAAAUAUGACGUCAUUUAAAUGUGUGCUUACACGUGAUGGGUGACCACAAGCAAACUUUACCAUAUUUGUAGCAUGAUAUAGGCCGACUAACUGGAUUUAACAAUUUUUUAAAAAAUGAAAAGAUUCUCUACAAGGCACUAUGAACUAUAUAUACAUACAAAAUUAAUCUACUAAAAGACGAAAUAAAUCUAUAUAUAGACGAAAUUAAUCUAUAUAAGUCGAAAUAAUUCUAUAUAUAGACGAAAUUAAUCUAUAUCAAGACGAAAUAAAUCUAUAUAUAGACGAAAUUAAUCUCUAUCAAGACGAAAUAAACUUUUAUAUAGACGAAAUUAAUCUAUAUCAAGACGAAAUAAAUCUAUAUAUAGACGGGCAACUCUGGAUCUCGUUCUUCAUCGGAGGGGACUAGCGCUCACCCCCCCCCCCCCAACCCUCUACCUAGUUAAGCGCUGCUGCUCAACUUCUACAAUUUUAGAAAACAUUUGGGGCAUCUAGAUUGAAAUAAUUGUUGAGCAAUGUAAGCAAGGGAAAAAAAGGUAAUUGGUCCUAUUGUCAUCUAGCACAGAGGACGUCGUGAUCUGGUCGCUAGUUGACCUCAGAGGACGUCGUGAUCUGGUCGCUAGUUGACCUCAGAGGACGUCGUGAUCUGGUCGCUAGUUGACCUCAGAGGACGUCGUGAUCUGGUCGCUAGUUGACCUCAGAGGACUUCGUGAUCUGGUCGCUAGUUGACCUCAGAGGACGUCGUGAUCUGGUCGCUAGUUGACCUCAGAGGACGUCGUGAUCUGGUCGCUAGUUGACCAAAUGAUAACCUAUUUCAGACAUCACUAGCGUUUAAACCAGCUGAAAUGUUCACAUCUUGAUUUUGUAGAGUCUACGAGGCGGGAAAAACAGAAGUGGUGCCAGUUCUGAGGAAUUGGGCGGCCUAUCAGGGCACUCUAAUCGUCACCAAGAGGGCACCCGCUAUUCCUGGACACGGUUGAUUGGUUCUGAGAGUCCAGCUCGGGAAGAUGCCUUUGUACCAACGUGAGUUGGAUGACGUCAUUUGAUGCCUUCUAAUCUAAUUAUGUCUUUACUUAUGCCAUGUUUUAGUUGUAGUUUAUAUUCUACAUUCAUCUGACGACGUCAUCGACAUGUUCAAUAUAUUGAAGAGUUUUGAAUUAUUGAUAGGCUUGAUUGACAUUAUUGGCAUGCUCUCUUUAAAAGUCUCAAACUUUAAUCUAUGAUGUCUCAUUUUUUAUCUUCCAGUAACUACAGCACGGUAUUGGUAAGGUCCCAAGACCGCACACUAAGAGCCCUUAACUACAGCAAAGCAUUAACACUCUAUGACUAUGCUAGUGACUCCAAUGUAAGUAGUUUCUAUUCUCUAUGAUCUAUAGUCUAUGUCAUUAGCCAAUGCAGGGGUGUCCACACAUGUUUGGGGGGUGGGGGGGGGAGGGGAGGACUUACUUCAAAUCUGAAUGAGAUUGGUAAAAAAAAUUAAUUUGGGUUAAGAAAAGCAAGCCCUUAAUUGCAGUGGGCAAUGAUUGACACGUGGGAGGGGCAACAAAGGGUUCGCCUCUUUACUCGCUAGUACUAGGAACGUCCUUGUUGUUUUAGAUUGUCUUGGUUAUUCUGGGGAUUAUCUUGGUUAUUCUGGGGAUAGUCUUAGUUAUUCUAGGGAUUAUCUUGGUUAUUCUUGGGAUUGGCAUAUUUUUAACCUGAAAAAGAAAAAGCUUACUAAAAUUAUUUUAAAAAAAACUAUUACUGGAUUUAUUCUAUGAUUUGUUGGAAAUUGUGAAGAAUUAUUGAGGUAUUAGACAAUUGUUAUUGUUUCUUAUCAGUGAUAACCAACACUGAGCUCACGACUCAGGUUAUUAUUACUUUAAAUUAUCCCCACAUUUGCCAGGUUGUUAUUAGUUUAAAUGACCCAUGUACUUGCCAGGUUGUUAUUAGUUUAAAUGACCCAUGUACUUGCCAGGUUGUUAUUAGUUUAAAUGACCCAUGUACUUGCCAGGUUGUUAUUAGUAUAAAUGACCCAUGUACUUGCCAGGUUGUUAUUAGUUUAAAUGACCCAUGUACUUGCCAGGUUGUUAUUAGUUUAAAUGACCCAUGUACUUGCCAGGUUGUGGUUAUCCUUGUUGAAAACACGUGCUACCUGAGAGACACGGCCUUGACCUACCAACAAGUGAUUGACACAUUGAACUCCAGGAAUGUAAGUUCAUAUCGAUUUCAAAUAGCAGCUCUAAGUUACUUCUUUUGACUUGAGCUUAAGCGACGUAACAUGUCGAGUUAGGCUUAGAACAAGAAGUUCAAGGCGUUCAAUGUAAUCCAUGCAGUCAAUGCAGUUAAUCUAAUCAAUGCAGUAAAUGUAAUCAAUGCAGUAAAUGUAAUCUAUGAAAUCAAUUCAAUCAAUUCAAUCAGUGCCCAAUGGUUUAUGUUAUAGUUAGGAUUAGCUUCAGGUUUGGUCUUCUGAUUCGAACUUGAUUUAAUCUUCCAGGGCACAAAUGUUACUGAUGCCGCGAAGUCAUACCUCAAUGGCACACAGCCAGCACUCUCCAAGGUAGAAGCCCAAGCCAUCUAUCUUAAGUACCCUCAAGUCCAGCGCCUUUGUCACGAAGGGCGUUUGGUUCAAGCCCUGGAUGCAGAAGGUAAGCCAUCCAAUGAUUAG